GUGUGUGUGUGUGUGUGUGUGUGUCUGUGGUUGUGUGUGUGUGUGUGUGUUACUGAAUAUAUUAACUUUUUCAUUUAUAUUCAUUGAAAGUUUAUGUUUAUUAUUUAUUCUUUGACCUUUUUUUCUCGGACGUUGUUUUGUGUUUCUUGACGCCUUCUUUCUAAAAAAAAUCUUUUUCACGUCUCAGUUUCUCGUCUUGUAGAAAAUCAGUUUUAUCAGUUGUAAAGCUGUAAAAUAAAUAAAUCCUUCUCGGGGAGUGUGAGGACGGAGUGACAUGCUGCUGAGGAGCUGAACGGCUUCCAUCAGCCGGCUCAGUCAUUUUAUUUACCGUCCUAGCGUUCGUACAUCACCUUCAGGAUGAAGACUUUACUCGCAGCAUACUCGGGGGUUAAAAAGGGUUCAGGUUCUCGGUUCCUCUCGGCUCUACAGGGUUUGCCCUCAGCUCCAUGGCUCUCCAGGUCCAAACUGGUGAAGCAGCUGCAGGCCAUCUCCGUCCUACAGUUCAUCCUCACCUUCCUCGCUAUGGGCAUUGCUGCCACGGUGCUGCUGCUCUACCUGUUGUGCACAGACUGCUGGGUAAUCUCCGCUGUUUACAUUGCCUGGCUCAUCUUCGACUGGAACACACCUAAACAAGGUGGUCGCAGAUCGGCGUGGGUGAGGAACUGGACUGUCUGGACGUAUUUCAGAGAUUAUUUUCCAGUCAGACUCAUCAAGACCCAUAACUUACCUCCCAACCGUAACUACAUCUUCGGUUACCAUCCUCACGGCAUCUUCUGCUUCGGAGCGUUCUGUAAUUUCUCCACAGAGGCGACCGGAUUCUCCAAGAAAUUCCCGGGGAUCAAGCCGUCCCUCGCCACGCUGGCCGGAAACUUCCGCUUGCCCCUGCUGAGGGAUUAUUUAAUGUCUGGAGGUAUUUGUCCGGUGAAUCGGAACUCCAUCGAUUAUCUCCUGUCUUGUAACGGGACGGGGAACGCCGUGGUCAUCGUGGUGGGCGGAGCUGCCGAGUCUCUCGACUGCGCCCCGGGAAUGAACUCCGUCACCCUGAGAAACCGGAAAGGCUUCGUCAAACUCGCACUGCAGAAAGGAGCGGACCUGGUGCCCGUGUACUCGUUCGGGGAGAAUGAGGCGUAUAAGCAGGUGAUAUUUGACGAGGGUUCGAGGUGGCGUUGGGUUCAGAGGAAGCUGCAGAAGCUGCUCGGUUUCGCUCCCUGCAUCUUCCACGGCUGUGGAUUUUUCUCCACCGAGUCGUGGGGCUUCGUCCCGUACGGAAAACCCAUCAACACCGUCGUUGGAGAACCAAUCACGGUGCCCAAGCUCGAGGAUCCGACUCCGGACGUGGUGGAAAUGUACCACACCAUGUACGUCAACUCUCUCACCACGCUGUUCAAUAAGUACAAGACACGCUUCGGCCUGAAAGAGUCCGACGUCCUUCUCAUCCACUGAAGAAGAAGAAGAAGAAGAAGAAGGUACUACUGCCUUUUAAAAACAGCAACAAAACCCCCAGUGUUUAUAUUUUUCCAUCACACAGACACACACCACAGCACCGAAACCUGAAGCCGUAUAAACGACGAUCACGGCUGUGUUCCAAUUCUGUCUACUUCCCUUCUGCUUCGCCACUUCCUCUUGGCUGAGUUCCCAAUCGCUCAAAACAGUUUUUCAAGAAAAGAAAACUUUUUUUGGGGGAAGAUAAGAAUAAUAAACUACAGACUCCUCUCCUGUCCUGCCCUUCCAAUAUCCCAUGGCCUUGACUUGCAUAUUGAAACCUGAUUGGCUCUUAUAUUUGAUGAUGUAAUUACUCUCUCUCCUUCAGAUUUUCCAGCCAAGACGUUUGUUGAGAGAACAGUGAACAUUUUCACAGUUUCAGCAUCUGCACACUCAAAUUUAGGGCCGUUCUUGUGUCUUAAUCAGCUCAAGUGGUUAUAUAAGUGUUAUAUAAGCGUUAUAUGAGCGUUAGAUGAGCGUUAGAUGAGUGUUAUAUAAGCGUUAUGAGUGUUAUAUGAGCAUUAGAUGAGUGAUAGAUGAGCGAUAGAUGAGCAGUAAAUGAGCAUUAGAUGAGCGUUAGAUGAGCGUUAUGAGUGAUAGAUAAGCAUUAGAUGAGUGAUAGAUGAGUGAUAGAUGAGCGAUAGAUGAGCAGUAAAUGAGUGUUAUAUCAGCGUUAUAUGACUGUUAUAUGAGCGUUAGAUGAGCGUUAUGAGUGAUAGAUGAGCAUUAGAUGAGUGUUUUAUAAGCGUUAUAUAAGCGUAACAUGAGCGUUAGAUGAGUGAUAGAUGAGUGAUAGAUGAGUGAUAGAUGAGCAUUAGAUAAGUGUUUUAUAAGCAUUAUAUAAGCGUAACAUGAGCGUUAGAUGAGUGAUAGAUGAGCAGUAAAUGAGCAUUAGAUGAGCGUUAGAUGAGCGUUAUGAGUGAGCCGUUUUUGUGUCUUAAUCAGCUCAUGAGGUUAUAUGAGCAUUAUAUGAUAAGUCUUGUGAUAGAUGUGAUAGAUGAGUGUUAUAUGAGUGAUAGAUGAGUGUUAUGAGCGUUAGAUGAGUGAUAGAUGAGUGUUAUGAGUGUUAGAUGAGUGAUAGAUGAGUGUUAUGAGCGUUAGAUGAGUGAUAGAUGAGUGUUAUGAGUGUUAUAUGAGUGUUAGAUGAGUGUUAUAUGAGCGUUAUAUGAGCGUUAUAUGAGUGUUAUAUGAGCGUUAGAGGAGCGUUAUAUGAGUGUUAUAUGAGCGUUAGAUGAGUGUUAGAUGAGUGUUAUAUGAGCAUUAUAUGAGUGUUAUAUGAGCGUUAGAGGAGCGUUAUAUGAGCGUUAGAUGAGUGAUUGAGUCACUGUAGACCUGAGAGUGCCUAUGUAGUGCACUCAUGUCAGAAGUAGUGAACUGAAUCCAAAAUGGCUUCCGUCUGGUCGUAUAGUUCACUACGCAGUGUGCAUUAGUGCGUGUAUUCAUGCUGCCUGGCCGAGUGCCCUUUGAUUAGGGGUAGUGUACGAGGGAGAGUUGAAAGCGUUAUUGUAACACAGCGAUAAUCAUAAAUGAAGAUCAGGUGUAAAAUGUUUUGGGGUGAAUCUUUUCUCUCUCUGAUUGUAAAACCAGGUUUAUUUGAUCCCUUAAGUUAUUUUUGUUAUUAUUAUUAUUGUUGUUAUUAUUUUUUUAUGGUUUUUAUGUUUUUCUUUUUUUUUGCACAAGCAAUGCAAUGUAAGAGACAGACACAGCUGUAGCCAGAGCGACAGACUGGACUGUGUCUGAGCAGGAAAAAGGACGUGAUUGUGUUUAUAAUCAGUGCACAAAUAAAAACAUGAAAUAAAAAGAAAGCUGAAAUUUUCUCGUGAAGCGGAAACGGUAAUGUGAGGAAUAUCAUCAGCUGCAGAAGUCUGAUCAUAUCUGCGUAACGUCUGAUUCAACAUGUUCACGUGUAAUUGUCGAAUAAAGUGUUUAUUGGAUUAUAAGGUGCCGCUGAAGUGUUAAUAAAUAUGCAUCAUGUGUAAAGAAGCAGAGUAAAGAAGCAUGACUUUUGCUGCAGAUCUGAUUUGUUGUAAUGAAACAUUCACUGACUUUACCAAUGAUUAGAUUUUAUGUUUAAAAUGUUAUAAAUAUGUAAAGUUGAACUGGAUCAUGCACACUGAGCUGAUUCUUAAAAAUCUAACUUUUAUAUGUUUUUGGAAUAAAAAUAAAAUGUACAAAACUG